AUGGCCUCCAGGAAGCGAUACCUCCGGCGGCGGGCAGCUCUGGGACAGCUGAACACCAUCCUCCUGGUGGCCCGGCCCCUGCUCUGGAGGCGGCAGAGACUGCAGCUCGGGCUUUGGCGUGGCUGGCACAGUGGUGGGACCUCGGAGAAAGUGCCAAGCAUGGAGCUGGGGCGCUUGGAGAUCCCAGCCGAGCUGGCCGUCAUGCUGAAGACGGCGGAAGGCCAACAGGACGCCCUGGCCGGGAGCAUCACUGAGUCCAUGCCCCCUGAAGUUCCUGCCCGGCCCAGCCUGGCCCUCCCGACAGACGUCGACCGGUUCCCCUUCUCCAGCUUCGUCUCCAUUGGCUUUCAGGAACCAUCCCUGCCCAGGCCAGGGCAGCCACUGACGAAGCCUUUGACCCAGCUGGAUGGUGAGAACCCUCAGCGUGCCUUGGACAUCAAUAGGGUGAUGCUGCGACUCCUGGGGGACGGAUCCCUGCAGUCCUGGCAGAGGCAGACCAUGGGCACGUACCUGGUGCGGCAGGGGCAGCACCGGCCAAAGCUGCGGGAUGAGCUCUUCAGCCAGCUGGUGGCCCAGCUCUGGCAAAACCCAGACGAACAGCAGAGCCAGCGAGGCUGGGCCCUCAUGGCCGUCCUGCUCAGUGCGUUUCCCCCCAUGCCUGCCCUGCAGAAGCCGCUGCUCAAAUUCGUGUCGGACCAGGCCCCCAAGGGCAUGGCGGCGCACCCGCCCACCCAGCUCGAGUGGAUGGCUGGCUGGCGGCGGGGCCGCAUGGCGCUGGACGUGUUCACCUUCAGCGAGGAGUGCUACUCGGCUGAGGUAGAGUCCUGGACCACAGGGGAGCAAUUGGCCGGAUGGAUCCUGCAGAGCAAAGGCCUGGAGGCGCCCCCGCGUGGCUGGUCUGUAUCCCUGCACUCCGAGGACUCGUGGCAGGACUUGGCCGGUUGCGACUUUGUGCUGGACCUCGUCGGCCAGACUGAGGAUCUGGGGGACCCAGCCAGUCCCCGCAGCUACCCCAUCGCCCCUCUCGGCUUAGCUGAGGCCAUCCCCCCUGCCCCUGGCGUCCAGGCCCCCUCCUUGCCUCCAGGACCCCCUCCAGGUCCAGCCCCAGCACUGCCCACCAGGGGCCACACAGGGGAGACCCGGGCGCCAGGGAGCCUGGAUGGCUUUCUGGACCACCUCUUCCAGCCAGUCCUCUCCCCAGGCCUCAGCGAUCUGGAGCAAGGCUGGACUUUGAGUGACCGCAUGAAGGGAGGGGGUGCCGUUGGGCCCACGCAGCAAGGCUACCCCAUGGUGUACCCAGGAAUGAUGCAGAUGCCCGGAUACCAGCCAGCCAUGAUGCCUGCACCCAUGCCCAUGAUGCCAGCCAUGGGCGCAGUCCCCGCCAUGCCAGCCAUGGUGGUGCCACCGCAGCCGCAGCCACCGCCACAGCCCCUGCUUCCCAACGUGGAUGCGAGGCAGCUGGCACUCCAGCAGCAGAACUUCAUCAACCAGCAGGCACUGAUUCUGGCCCAGCAGAUGACCACUCAGGCCAUGACCCUCUCCCUGGAGCAGCAGACCCAGCAGUGGCAGCGCCAGGCUCGGGGCUCCGGGGCUGCAUCCCAGGCCCCACCUCCAGUCAUCACUCCUAAGGCCACCAAGCCCCCUGCCCCCCAGAAGGAGCCAGAGACUGAGCUAGAAGCGAGGGGUGCCUGUCUGAAGGAGACCUUGGAGGAGGCUGACGACAGGCCCCGGCGGCCGAAGAGCUUCCAGCAGAAACGGAACUAUUUCCAGAAGAUGGGGCAGCAGCAGAUCAUGGUGAAGACGGUGAAGCCUCCAGCCAUGGUCCAGAUGCCCCAGGAGGAGACACCGGAGGAGCAAGAAGAAGCAGCAGAAGCAGCGCUGUCUCCUCCUCCUCUUGCCCCGGUGGUGAAGAAGCCGUUGAAACAAGGUGGCGCCAAGGCUGCAAAAGAGGCUGCAGCCGAGCCAGCCAAGGAGGCAGGGCCCAGCCAUGGCCAAGAGCCGGCCCAGGGCAGGGGGCCCGUGGUGCGCAGCUUGGACCCCACGCCCCCGCGGCAGAAGCCCAGCAGGGAAAUUGGCAACAUCAUCCGCAUGUACCAGAGCCGCCCGGGCCCCGUGCCUGUGCCUGUGCAGCCAUCCAGGACUCCCAAAGCUUUCCAGAAGAAAAACGACCCUAAGGAUGAGGCUCUGGCCAAGCUGGGGAUCUACGGUGCCCACUCGCCCCCUUCGACGCUGUCCCCUGGCCUAGGAAAGGGCCCCCCACCCGUGGUGGCUCCUCGACCCAAGGCCCCGCUACAGCUCGGGCCCUCCAGCUCCAUCAAGGAAAAGCAGGGGCCCCUCCGGGAUCUGUUUGGCCAGAACCCGCCCGCCCCCCAGGCACCCCCACCUCCACCAGUGCCCCCACUGCCUCUGCCAGAGGACCCAGAGACCCUUCCGGCUGAGCCUCACGGCUUGGUGGAGCCCAUGAGGGACCAGGGGCCCCCCACUCAGCUGCUGGUGCCCUCGGGCAGCGUGUGCUUCUCCUAUGCCAGCACGCCCUGGAAGUUGUUUCUGCGCAAGGAGGUGUUCUACCCGCGGGAGAACUUCAGCCAUCCCUACUGCCUCCAGCUCCUUUGUGAGCAGGUCCUGCGGGACACCUUUGCCGAGUCCUGCAUCCGCAUCUCCCAGGAUGAGCGACGCAGAAUGAAAGACCUGCUGGGAGACUUGGAAGUGGGGCUGGACUCCCUCGCCACUGCUGAAGACAGCGUCAAGAAGCGCAUCGUGGUGGCCGCCAGGGACAACUGGGCCAAUUACUUCUCCCGCAUCUUUCCUGCCUCGGGCGAGAGUGGCAGUGAUGUGCAGCUCCUAGGUGUGUCCCACCGGGGGCUGCGGCUGCUCAAGAUGACCCAGGGCCCCGGCUUCCACCCCGACCAGCUGAAGACGCUCUGUUCAUACAGCUUUGCAGAGGUGCUGGGCAUGGAGUGCCGGGGCGACUCCACCCUGGAGCUGUCACUGAAGACUGAGCAGCUGGUGCUGCGCACGGCCAGGGCCAGGGCCAUCAAGGCCAUGGUGGAGCUGUUCCUGAACGAGCUCAAGCAGGACUCUGGCUAUGUCAUCGCCCUGCGCAGCUACAUCACUGAUGACUGCAGCCUCCUCAACUUCCACCGCGGGGACCUCAUCAAGCUGUUGCCAGUGACCAGUCUGGAGCAAGGCUGGCAGUUUGGCUCUGUCGGGGGCCGUUCUGGACUCUUUCCUGCCAACAUCGUGCAGCCGGCUGCUGCUCCCGACUUUUCCUUCCUGCCGGAGCAGAGGAGCAGCCGGCGCAAGAGUCAGCUGUCUCUGGGGGAGCCAGGGCUGGCGCGGUGGGACAGGGCCUCGGAGUACCCUGCCCGCCCCCGGAGUCAGGUAUACAGUGAUGACUCAGAGGCCACCAGCCUGCCCUCCUCGGUGGCCUACGCCUCUCUGUCCAUUGAGUCCCACAACUACACCAUGCAGGAAUUUGCCCUGCGCUACUUCCGGAAGCCUCGGACCUCGCCGGCCCCAACAGGUGGAGGUGCUGAGGGGAAGGUCAUAGACAGCCUGGUGCAGUACACCAAGGCUCCCAUCCAGGAGUCCCUCAUCAUCCUCAGGGAUGAGGACACCAGCAAGCAGGCUGUGGCAAGCUUCCAGGCCCUGAUGCAAUUUAUGGGUGACCGGUCCAAGCCCCGGGGCAAGGAUGAGCUGGAUCUGCUCUACGAGCUGUUGAAGCUGUGCCGGGAGGAGCAACUCAGGGAUGAGAUUUACUGCCAGGUCAUCAAGCAGGUCACGGGACAUCCCCGGCCGGAACGCUGUGCUCGAGGCUGGAGCAUCCUCAGCCUCCUCACAGGCUUCUUUCCCCCAUCGACCACGCUGAUGCCCUACGUGACCAAGUUCUUUCAGGAUUCAGGCCCCAGCCAAGAGCUGGCCCGGAGCAGCCAGGAGCACCUCCAGUGCACGGUCAAAUACGGGGGUCGCCGGCGGCUGCCCCCACCGGGUGAAAUGCAGGCCUUCCUGAAAGGGCAGGCAGCCCGCUUGCUUCUCAUUCACCUGCCUGGGGGUGUGGAUUACAGAACAAAUAUCCGGACCUUCACGGUGGCAGCGGAAGUGCUGGAGGAGCUGUGCCGGGAGAUGGGCAUCACGGAGCCCCAGGAAGUGCAGGAAUUUGCCCUCUUCCUCAUCAAAGGGGAGGGCCAGCUGGUGCGGCCCCUGCGGCCCUGCGAGUACCUCAACAGCGUGGUGGUGGACCAGGACGUGAGCCUGCACAGCCGGCGGCUCGGUUGGGAGACCGCGCUGCAUUUUGAGAACCCCAACUACAUCAGUGCCCACUACAGCCAGGUGCUGCGGGACUACCUUCAGGGGAAACUGCUGGUCAGCGCCCAGGCAGAUGCCCAGCUCGCCAGGCUGGCUGCCCUGCAGCACCUCAGUGGGGCUAACAAGGACUCCCCCUCAGAGCAGGACCUGCUGGCUUACAUCCCAAAGCCGUUGCACCGGCAGGUGAAUGUGGCCACCAUAAAGAGCUUGAUGGGCCAGGAGCUGAGGCAGCUGCAAGGACACAGCUCCCAGAAAGCCCAGAUCAGUUUCAUCGAGGCCAUGAGUCAGCUGCCCCUCUAUGGCUACACCGUCUACGUGGUGCUGCGUGUGAGCAACCUGGCCCUGCCUGGACCUGCCCUCCUGGGGCUCAACUGCCAGCACCUCAUCCUCAUGGACCCCAGCUCCCAGAAACUGUGCUGCAGCAUCACCCUGAAGGCCCUGCAGCGGCUGCACCUGCUAAGCCCACUAGAGGCAGACGGACCCCCUGGCCUGGAACUCAACUAUGGCUCGGCCGACAGCCCCCAGACCAUCUGGUUUGAGCUGCCGCAGGCCCAGGAGCUGCUCCACACCAUCAUCUUCCUGCUGGACAGCAGCAACUCUUGCACCGAGUGGCCUGGCCUCUACUGAGAGGACUCCAGGAGGGCGGGCGAGAAGGCAGCUUCUCCCUGCUCGAGUCUCACCCAGACGGUCUGCCUUGGAUGCUAUC